ACAUGUGCUACAUUUGAAGUACUCCGAAACUUUCACACAAUGACACUUCAAGGCAAGAUCUCGGCGUUCGACUACUAUCAUGCGCUUGCCCUCCUUACAGAUGGCUAUGGACUGGAACCCUUGCCGGUAAACUGGUUGCCCUCGUUCGUACUCAUGAUGCACCAAUGGAGGAACCUCAAGAUGUUGAAGCGUGGCGCCUGCGGCCAUGCGGAGUCUGGAGUUGAAGGAGCGCAGCCAGGCGAGCUCGCAGUUCAAUAUCGACCCUGUCCAAUCCUCAACGUCAAUGUUACACCGUCCAUGCUCAAAGGCCUGGAGGCGGAUAGGUCAGCAGCAUCACCCUCCAUGGUAGUGUGGGGAUGCUAA